AUGUGCGGCCGCUGGGAGCCAUGUGGGUAUAUAGAAAUCGCGGAGAUCUAUAUCGCACUCUACCGUGGCGGGGUGCUUUCGGAAUCUGCGGCCGCUGCAGAUUUAGAACUGACAUAUGCGGCCGCUGGAGAAUAUCGGCAUAUUCGAAAUCAUACCCACAUGCGUCAAGCUGGUAAACGUGUCGAUUCGAUGAUUACCGUUCUGAGUAAGAUUCUCAGAUAUGCAAUUCUCUUUAUGGCCAUGACCCACAUAAGGUUUAGCUGGAAGUUCAAAAAAGAAUCCUAG